AGCCAAACACACACAGUUUCCCCAACUAAAUGAAAGAAAGAAAGAAUGGGUUAGGAGGAAACGAAGGAAGAAAGGGGAAACAUGGGAGGGGUUUGCGGAAGCAGAUUGAGGGAGGAGGAAAGGCGGCACGGUGGACGCCACUGCCACCGUUGCCGCCGCUGCUGACAAGGAGGGGAGAGAUCUGUGAGGGCCGAGGAAGGAGGAGGAGGAGAGAAAGACUCGCGCCGGCAUGCGGGCUUUACUGCUGCCAUCGCGCCGUCGCCUGACCGGGGGAGAAGACCGUCGCGCCUCACUGCCUCGCCACCGCCGAACUCGCGCGCAGAGAGAGAGGAGAUGCGCGAAAGGGAGCCACCGCGGGGAAACCAUCACCGCCUGUCACCGUCGCCGAGCGUGGGCCUUCGCCGUUCUCGUUGCCAACCAGCUUGUCGCAUCACCGCUGACGCGCCGUCACCGCGCCAUCAUCCUCGUCACAGAGCCAGCUGCCGCAUUUCACCGCGGUUGAGGGCGUCUCCACCACCGCACCUUAGCCGACGGUGCUGCCGAUCUGUUGCUCCGCGGUGCCUAGCUGGAGUUUCUGUUGCUAAUGAUGGAGGUCAGUGGCCGCCGGAAGACACCAUUGUUGUUGCUGCCGAACGAGAGAGAAGCCGUGCCACUGUUCUGGCCGUUAGGAGCAGUCUUGUGACCGCUAGAAACACCGCCGGAGAUGCCGUCACUGGGCUCAGUCACUCCUUCUUGGUUGCGCCGCCUCUGUCGCCGAAAACAGCCACCGAGUCCCCUGCUUUGGUAAGAAUUUCCGAGUCGAAAGGCCUUUUGUCGCUGCUCUGUAAGCUUAUGCUGAGGCAUUGCGGUGUUGUCCAUCAUAGGGUUGUGGAUUCGUGCUUGCAUUCCGUGCUCGGAGCUGCAGCUGCCUCGUUUUGUCAUCCCAGUAGGUAUUUAUGUUUCAAAAAGUCUCGCGUUAGUACGAUUCUGGAUCUAGUUCUGAUUGUGGUUCUGGUUCUGGUUCUGGUGAUUGUUGUUGAAAAUAAAGGUUUAUUUGUGACUGGGAUUGCAAUGGUGGUGGAGGUGGUGGAUAUGAUUUGA